AUGACGUACCGCAUUGUCCGUGAUGCAGAGAUUGAUCGAAUCCGAAAGGCAUUCCCAUUAGAUGCAUACGCCGUCCUCGACCUCCAACCCGGCGUCCCCGACUCAGACAUCAAACUCCAAUACCGCAAAAAAUCCCUCCUCAUCCACCCCGACAAAACCCAAAACCCUCUCGCACCUGACGCAUUCGACCGUCUGAAAAAGGCGCAAACAACACUCCUCGACGAAAAGGCCCGCGAACGCCUCGAUGAAUGUAUCGCCGAUGCGCGGCGUCUGCUCAUCCGCGAACACAAAUAUACCCUCGAUUCGCCGGAACUCAAGACCGACGAAUUCAAGGUUGAAUGGCGCAAGAAGACGGUUGAAGUGUUACUUGAAGAUGAGGCAAGGAGGAGGCGGCAGAUGAAAGCGAGAAUGCAAGAAGAAGGCCGUGAAAAGCAGAAGGAAGAGGAAGAGCUAGAAGCUCGGAAACGGAAGAGGGAUGCUGAUCAGGCAUGGGAGGCUACAAGGGAUGAGAGGAUAGGUAGUUGGAGGGAUUGGCAGAAGGGGAAAUCAAAGGAUAAAGAAGGGGGAAAGAAGAAAAAGAAAAUGAAGGUUUUGGGAUAG